AUGGCUUCCAGACAACCUCAGUUCAAUCAGCACAAUCUGAUCGACACGACGCCCAUGCCCGAUGGCAUUCCCAAGGUCCAGGAAAUCGGUACUACGUCUGCUCCGUUGAUGAGCGCCUCGUUCUUUAUUGGUGACCGCUGCCGCCCUUACAACGAUGACUACAUGAAGUGUAAAUCCGAGGCCAAUGGGCGAGGGGAGAUUGACUGCCUCAAGGAGGGUCGCAAGGUCACCCGUUGCGCCGCCAGCGUGAUCAAGGACAUCAACACACACUGCUUGAAGCAAUUCAACGCGCACUGGGAGUGCCUGGAGAACAACAACCACCACAUGUUCGAAUGCCGGAAGCCGGAAGUGGAGUUGAACAGCUGUGUUUUUGAGAAGCUGGGCCUGAAGAAGGAGAUCCCGGGAACUCCGUCAAACGUCACACCCGUUCACCUGCGUCCAAAGCAGCUCUAUUCCCAGUGGCCUGGAAAUCAAUAUUAG